AUGCCCCAAGCACAACCCGAACUCAAAAAGUAUCUCGAUAAGCGCCUCUUCGUUCAAUUGAAUGGAUCUCGCAAAGUUAUUGGCAUCCUUAGAGGAUACGAUGUAUUCCUAAACAUCGUCCUCGAUGACGCUAUCGAAGAGAAGGAUGGAGGCGAGAAAGUUCGCAUCGGAACGGUGGUGAUCCGUGGAAACUCAGUUGUUAUGCUAGAGGCGUUGGAGCGAAUAAGCUAGGCAUGGCUCGAGAAGGAGCAAUAGGCAUAUACAAUGAAUUAAUCCCCAACCGAAUACGAUCACGUUUCUUCCUAUCCACAGAUGGCACUGGCGCUCCUGUUCUUUUCGUUUUGUACAAUAUCAUCAAUGGUAUGACACUUUAAGCCA